CCCAACCCCGACUCUACAACCGCACGACGCCGCCCUCGCUCUUGAUGCAAGCAAACGUUUCGCUUUGAACAGCUUGAAGGCCCUUCUCUAUUGCCAUGUAGGGGCGUUGCCGGUGAACGGUCCGGCGCCCCACCUGGCACCUGUUCAGACUGACGCGGGCACCUGUUCGCCGGCGCGUCUCUCUGCAGCACUCAUCGCGUCUCCUUGCCGGCGUGCCCUUGACAUAGCCUGAGGGCCAAGUAUACAGCACGUCUACGGAUCUUCUGAGCGUGUGUGUCGUGUGCUCAGACGCCUGGGAUUCAAGCCUGACGUCGGUGGUCAUUCAUCGUUUUGGCGUGCUUUCCGAAGAUUGAUUGUGCCCGUCUUACACGUCAGGCGAGAGAUCACGUUGAACAACUCCAACGCUCUUGUCCCAUCAUCACUGGACACUGUGGCGACAGAACUUGUGCCACUCAAGGUAAAAAUGAAACAGCGUGAUGAAACCUCGCCGGCGGCUAUGGAGGUGCUCCUCCGCCAGGGCACCGACUCCUACGCUGCCAAACAGUAUGCUCAAGCGCUCAAGCAGUUCACCAGAGCUAUGAAUCUUUGCCCCUGCCACCGUGGUGUUAAGCGCCCGCGUUGCAUCUGCAAGGACUUCGAGGGCGUCGCGGAAAAGGGCGGCUCCAUCUUCAAGGAGGCCAUGUACACCUGUGUCUGCGAAGCGGGAAAAGUGUUUAGCAAAUGUGCCAACCCUUUGCACAUCAAGGCCCUUGACUACCGUGCUGGAAUAUUUGAGACCAUGAAAGACCUGGGCCGCGCCAAGAAGGAUGCGGAAUGGAUGCUCGAGCUUGCCCCUCGAAUGCCAGACGGCUACCUCCGGCUGGGAAAGAUUACCCGCUUGUUGAAGAAGCCAGAGUAUGCUUUAAAGAUCUACAGGGCUGGCGCCGAGGCCGCCACGGGCCAGGCAGCGGGCUCGUCCGAGAAGCUGCAGCAACUCCAUGACAUGCUGAAGCCAAUGGAAGAUCACUUCAAGCGGUGCGAUCCUCUGUGGCUUCCCCCAGAGAUCGUCCACCAGGUCCUCUCCUACCUCGACUUCGUCGAACUGACUAAAUGCAUGCGGGUGUCCAAGACUUGGGCAAAGACCCUAGAGGGACGUGGCUCCAAGAAACUCUGGAGCCUGCUCAACUUUAGCAGGCGUGGCAUCCGCACCCCCUCCCACCUGGCGCUGCAGAAGCUGGUCGGCAGAGCCCAAGGCACCGUUCGCGAGAUCGAGGUGCGCGAGACGGGUCGGUUCCAGCUUACGCCCCAGAAGCUGGAUACCUUGCUGCGCAGCGCAACCACGAACUUGGAAAGGCUCGCCCUUGGACCUCUGCUGAACUUCAACUACAAUUUCCUAACUUCGUUCGAGUUCGAAAAGCUGCGGCAUCUUGCGGCCGUCACAUAUAUGGAUAGGAGCGAUGGAAACCGAAACGUCGACGAUAAAGACCACGGAAACAUCCCUAUUGGGAUGAUUGAUGGGGUCGCAAACUCCCUCGAGUACCUCGACCUGCUUGGGGUGCCGUUGCCAUGGUACCGCGUCAGCCUGCCCAUGUUUCCCAAGCUCAAGUAUGCACGCCUGGAGCACAGAGAGAAGCUUCGCCAGGCCGCGUUCCCAAUUUUUGCCUUUGCACUGCAUACGCCGCAGCUGGAGCAGCUGUCGCUGCAGUUCAUGCACUUGACCAUCGGACACUUUUGGCAGGCGGAGCCGGCUUGGGAAAAACUCUGGAACAAUAUCAAGGUGUUCGUGUACACCAUGCCGGUGACUGGCGGAGCCUGGCAGCACAGAGAGACCACGGCGGCCCUCAGCAUGAUGAUGUCCGUCAACCAGGGCACCACGUUCCAGUACUUUGACCACGACAUUACCUACCACGAGGGAGGUGGUAAUUGUCCCGCGCGGCUCAUGACAACCACCUUCGACUGGAGCGGCUAUACUAAUGGUGACCUCUCCUCCCUUCCCGUCGUCGGCCACGCAUCCUUCCCCGCCAUGCGCGAGUUCCGCGUCACAGACCUCGUCCAUAUGCCGUGCAGGCUCCAAGUCGCCCUCCAGCUAUCCAUGAGCCGCCGUCUCCUGCACACCUUCGACAUCGUGUUUGCGAUUGACGACCCGCGAGCCCCCGUGGGCGUCGAGCACGUGGAUCAUCUCAAGCAGUACGCCUGGCUCCGCGGCCUCGAGUCCAUCCGCUCCCUCGGGCUCUUCAACUUCCGCUUCAAGCGCUACCCGCGCAAGGACGAGGACCUGCCCAUCCCCGGCUUCCUCGCCACCUUCCCCAACCUCGAGACCCUGAGCCUCGGCUCCGAGUGCUACGAAGACGAAGAAUUCUGCUUCGUCGUCGAGGCCAUCAUGAAAGCCACGCAGCUCAAGACCAUUUACCAGCAGAACAUCAGCGGCGCGGCCUGGGACAGACUCGUCCAAGUCGGCAAGCGCAACGGCGUGCAGAUCAUCUCUGGCGAGCGACCCAAGGCCUGGCCCGUGGUGCUGGAUGAGUGAUGCUGCGACUGGGAAAGUUUUGAUUGCAUCGCAAAAGAUGUAAAUGGUGGCUGCGUUGGUGAUGGUGGUGGUGUGGUAGGUGGUGUCUGCCGCAUGGCUGGAGUUGCAACCGGUAAUGGCAUGACAACGACAGCGGUGCUAGAUGGGUGAAGUGCCGCGACUUGGUACGGGAUGAGAGACGAACGGCGAUGCAGCAUGACGGACCUUUCGGACGGCGUUUAGGGUUACGAUGAACGAGAGACAUGAGCGGACAAGGAUACCCAGGACGCAAGAUUUCGGGCGAGAGAGUACCAUUUGCUUCAGUAAUUGGUAUUGGAAGGCCCGUCACGGUGUGCUCUACGAGUUGCGGACUGUAGAAUAAUGAUACAAAUGUAUAUUUGCGG